GAUCCCAAGAAUGACAGAUGACACGGCCAGGAAUGCGCUCCUCAGCUUUGUCAAUUCCAAAUGUUGCUAUGGAAACACAGCUGCAGGAGAGCUAGUCAUUCAGGAACUGCAACAACAAACGCUAUACAGAUAUCGACUGGAGACCUUUAAUGAAACGAGGUUAUGUGAAUGGACUUUUGAACCAUAUAACAAUGCUUUGGUAGAUGGUCCACAAAAUGGUUCAUGUCCACGACCGUGGGAUAUUAAGGUCCAAGUACCACAGAUGUUUCAGGAAGAUACAAAAAAGUUUCGUGUACCUCACUCUUCUUCAGUCAAGGAGUGUCAUAAGUGUCAUGGACGUGGCCGCUACAAAUGUAGUGGAUGCCACGGUGCAGGCCGAUUGCGGUGUGUUGCAUGCAGUGGAGCCAGACACAAAGCAAAAGCAAAAUAUCUGAAACAUCAGAAACGGUGCCAGAUGUGUUCAGGUACUGGCCGCAAAAGGUGCAGUACUUGUUCUGGAAGAGGCAACAAAAGCUGUACAACCUGCCAAGGAGAGAAAAAGUUGCUACACUUCAUUCAGCUGAUAAUAACUUGGAAAAACAAUGUAUAUGAAUUCAUUUCUGAACAGCAGCUAAACUUUCCCAGGGAACUGCUCAAUAAAGCUAUGGGAGAUAACAUUUUUAAAGAUGAAAAUACUGUGGUGUACCCCCUUGUUGAAUUCCCUUGUCCUGAGAUCUCCCUGGCAUCACAAAGAGCUAUUGAAGAGCAUAAUGCCACAUUCACCAGCACAUCACGCAUACUUCAGCAGCGACAGACCAUUGAGCUUAUUCCUGUCACUGAAGUCCACUACUUAUAUGCAGGGAAGACACAUGUUUAUUACAUCUAUGGAACAGAGAACAAGGUCCAUGCCUUGGACUACCCAGAGAGGUACUGCUGUGGCUGCACCAUCAUCUGACAGCGGAAUGCUUUGGAAGGAGGAUGACUAAACAAGCUAUUGCUGUGGAUAAAUUGUCCGCAUGAUUCACUUUUAGUGCUGGUGACAACAAUAUGUAUCCUUUUGUUAUCUUCCCUUUCCAGAGUAGGCAUCAGAAAACACAGUAAUUGUAAGAUCCCAAAUAGACUUUCAACUAUUAUUAGUACUGCACCUCUUUAGAUUUAAAUAUCUAAAAUGUAAUGUCUAGAAAGAGCAAACGUAAGGGAGAAAAAAUGAUGAAAUAGGAAUACUUCCAGAGCAUUCCGAAGUAAUGUAC